CUUCCUGUAGCUCUCAAAGGCUUACGUCCCUCAUCAUACGCUCAUUUUCUCGUGCAGCCAGUACUUCCUUCCUCCACCACCAUGAGCUUCUACGCACCUCAGGCCUCUCACAUCUCCUUCACCCGAUCUAUGCCGGUACACCGUGCCGCUAGUACGUAUGGCGGGGCGGGUGGACAGGGCACCAGGAUCUCAUCUGCCUCUUCCAUGUCUCUUCGUUCUGCUCCUAGAAGUGGGGGCAUUUCUUCUUCCACAGCCUACAAGGUGAGCUCAGCCGGCAUGGGUGCUGGUUCUGCGGGGUCCCUCAGGGCGAGCACUGCCUCCACAGGGCAUGUCAUGGGCAAUGAGAAAGGCCAGAUGCAGAAUUUGAACGACCGUCUGGCGACAUACCUAGAAACGGUGCGCCGGCUGGAGGAGGAGAACAGCAAACUGGAGAUGCAGAUCAGAGAGGCCCUGGAGAAAGGUGGACCAGAAACACGCGACUACAGCAAGUACAACGAAAUCCUGGAUGACCUGAGGAGGGAGGUGUUUGAUGUCACUUCGGACAAUGCUCGUCUUGUUCUGCAGAUUGACAAUGCUCGUCUGGCUGCAGAUGACUUCAGAGUCAAGUUUGAGAAUGAGAUGGCCAUCAGGCAGUCUGUGGAAGGAGAUAUUGCAGGUCUGAAGAAGGUCAUCGAUGACACCAACAUUGGUCGCCUGAAUGUGGAGGGUGAAAUUGAGUCCUUGAAAGAUGAGCUUUCUUUCCUCAAGAAAAACCAUGAAAAUGAAGUUGGGGAGCUGCGAAACCAGAUCUCCCAGUCGGGUGUUCAGGUGGAUGUUGAUGCACCAAAGGGGCAGGAUCUGUCUCUAGUGAUGGAUGAGAUUAGGAGUAACUAUGAAAAGAUGGCUCUUAAAAACGCAGAAGAACUCAAAAUGUGGCACGAAUCCCAGCUAUCAGAAGUUCAGGGGCAGGUGGCUCAGAACACAGAGGCAUUACAGGGUGCACAAAUGGAAGUGAAUGACCUACGGCGACAGAUUCAAACACUAGAAAUAGAGCUUUCAUCCCAACAAAGCCUGAAAGGGUCACUUGAGGAUACGCUACGGAACACAGAGCUACGUUCAAACGCAGAGGUGGAGAAGUACAACGGUCUCACGCUGCAGCUUGAAGCUGAGCUGUCACAGCUGAAGUCAAAUAUCACAGAGCAGGGUCAGGAAUAUGAAGCCCUGCUUAAUAUUAAGAUGAAACUGGAAGCAGAGAUCAACACUUACAAGAAACUUCUAGAUGGGGAAGACUUCAAGCUCCAGGAUGCACUAGACGGCCGAGAGUGAUAUUACUAGCAGCAAUCUUGAAGACCAGACCACAAAAUGUUGGCUAAACAAUUCUAUGAAACAACCUUCUGAGAUAGCACUCACACGGAAACCUGUGGCAAAUCUUUUUUCAUCUAAAAGUCCCCUUCAACUUUGUCUUGACUACAAUUUAUAAAACAGGCACAACAAAACAAUUUCAAUAUGAUGUCAUUUGCAGGGUAAUUUCUGUCUGUCAAUAAAACCUGUUCCACCCUACAGUCUGAUUUUAAACACACAUGCAUGCCACAGAACAACUAAGGCAGCUUUUAGAACAUCAGCUGUGGAUUAUGAGUAUUUACAAUACAUAAUUCCAUGUCAUUGCACAAAUUAGUUAACUUACCUAUUACAAUGAAAUGUGAAGUACUCUACCAAGUCAAAGCAAUAAUUAAAUAAAAACAUGCUUUCUAAGCGAAAUUUGGAGUCAAGCAAACAUUAUCACACAUCAAAAGUCUUUUAUAUACUAUGCCUACCUCUUUAAAGUUGCAUGAUUUGUCGAUUGGAGUUAACUCAUAGUGAGCAUGGAGGGUCAUAGAAUGGUGUAUUUCAUACAAAAAGUCAAUAAAACCAAAGUUUCAUUUUA